UUGGACUUUUUCCAUUUUGGCCCAAUCUUUUGGGGCCCAUUGAGGGUCCAGAGGUUGUCGCGACGCGGAGGGGAGAUUUGAGGUUAUAUUAGAGAUGGAGAGAGAAUUUGUCCACAUCCCAAAUCAUUUGCAAUCUCUCUCUCUCUCUCUCUAGAAUCUCUCUCUAGAAUUCCUCUCUAGAUUCUCUCUAGAAUUUCUAGAGUUUCGUCCGAUCCCGAGUCCUCCUAGCGCGCGUCUCGGUUUCCGCUCCCGACUGUUGUUUGAGAAGUUCUAGCCCGACACCGACUCGAUCCCGUGAUGGCUGAGCGAUUCAUCAGUAGCCACGACUUGGCAGCUAAGCUCUUGGCGGAACUGGACGCAGAGACUAUGUCUGUACCCCCGGCUCCAAAAGAUACCGAGUCUAAGAGGGCUAAGAAGCCUCACGUCCGCUCCCGUAAGGUGAAGUCGGAUGUGGAGAAGGCUCAGGCUGCUGCAAAAGCCGAGGCGGAGUUGGCGGCUAAGGCGCCUUCGCUUUUAGCCUCGAAGGUUUCUGACAAGGCCUCGUCUGGGGUUUCAUCGGGAAGCAAGCGGAAGGCUCCGAGCUUUCCCGAGGAUGCUUUGAUGGGCUCUGAGGAGCCUAUACAGAAGCGUACCCGAGUCGAGAAGUUUGGGAUUGAUACUCCCUUUACUUCUAUUUCUUCGGCGCAGAAGAUGGCUAGGGUGAGGUCUGCUCUUCAUACCCUCUAUACCGAUGCCGAUGAUAAGGCACUCUUGGACUUGGGCAUGGGCGAGAUCAAUGCAUUGUACGAGUCCUGGCUUGAGACCUCCAUUCGUAUGACUUCUGUGAUAAAUCGUCGCUCCCAAUUUGAGGAGGGCGUUAUUGAGCUGAAAGGGGAGAUUGACACCCUUAAGAAGCAGAUUCAGGAGAAGGACGCUGAAGUUACUCGGCUUACUACCGAGUUAAAUUCUCAGAAGGAGACCUUCGAAAAAGCCUCCACUGCUGUCAAGGAGCAUAAAGCACUGAAGGAUAAUCAGAAGGUGCUGACUGACGACCUUAACGCUGUUACCCUCGAGAGGAACACCCUUCAGAAGGAGCUGGACGAGCUACGCGUCAAGCUGUCGUCCGCAGAGAAGAAAGCCAAGCGCUCCGCGCACAAGUUGAAGAAGGCCUCCCAAGAGGCACAGGCUGGGCACUCUGAAUUUUUGGAGGGAUGGAAGAGGUCCCCUGAGGGUAUGGAUUUCUUGGGACAGAUGGCUUCUCGUUCCUACCGGAUGGCGGUCAGGGAAACGAAGGAGCGGUUAAAGGGAAUCCUGGUCGGUCCCGACUCCUCUUUGGACUGGUCGAGGGUCGAGGCUGAGUUUGACGCUCGCAUAGCCGAGGAGCAGCGAGUGAAUGCCGAAAAGGCUGCAAUGAAAGAUCCUCCUCAAUCAUCUGCUUCCAAAGCGCCUCAGCCUUCGGUUUCGAAGGUUUCUGAGGACCCGACUGAUCUUCCUUCCACACCUCCCGAGGCUCCAACUCCAAACCCCGAUGCGGACGUUGAACCAGAGGACCUUCUAUCGGAGGGUUCCAAUGAUGAGGAUGGUACUGGCAGUACCGACAGCUCCCCUGCCAAGACUGCUGCUGUUUAG